AUGGCCAAUUGUGUGGUUUUUCACACUCAACUAGCCUCCAUUAUGGAGGUGCUAGCGAAUGCAGCCGUGGCAGAGAUUUGUAAACUCGUAGACGGCGACUAUGCAGUGUUUCGUCUGGAAAUAACUCAAAGACAAAAAGAAAACAGGGCAUUGCAGAGAAAACUACAGCUACUAGAAGUGAAGGUGGCACGGGAGCGCGCAGAGAGGACAACGCGAGAGCGCGUCCUCGCCAGUCGUCCCAGUAGUGCCAAGAUCCUCGACCGAUACAGAGGAAUGGCAAGAGGUGAAGGACAUCUCACUGGAAGCCACAAGAGCUUUGUGAAGCCAGCGGGACACAAUAGAUGGAGAGAGAACCAACCAAUCACUGUUGAUGAGGGGAGUGGAACCUCAACCCAGCACGUUAUCGUGAUAGAGUCUGCAGAUGCAGAGGCUGCAGGUCCUGGGGUCAAGCAGGAGAGGACUAAAGGAGAGAAGGAGCCACAGCACAGCAGAGACAUCCAGACUGGAGUGCCCCCUGUAGCCACGGAGUACCCCACCUCCGCCCCAGCACCAUCCAGGACCCGACACAGCAUCACGGAGGUCAGUGGAACGUCGAACACCGUCCUCAAGUCAGAGACAGACACGGAGACAUUAACUGCAACACACAGGCUCUUACACACAGGAUCUGACCACAGAUCAGACCCAGAGAGACUUGGGCUGGGGCCAUUGGGCUGUCCUUCUCCCGGUUCAGAGUACUUACCAGUAUUUCACCAGAGCAAGAAGACGGUUCAUUCCUGUGGAGGCGGUGAUGGUGACACGUUAGACACUGGUGUUGAUGUUCCAUCUUGUUCUUACGCUACAGAGAUGGACUAUGACAACAUGCCCUUGGGUUUAGACACACAGGCUGAUCUGUCAAGAGGGGACUGGAACCAUUACACUAGUAGUCUAUACUCUGAAGGGUCCCUAGAUAAGAAAGGGGAGGUUAUAGUCAUAGAUGAAGUGACUGUGAAAGUGGAGGGCGACUCUCCUCUGACCUUGAAUGCAGACAAGACUCACUUAGGGGAAGGACACACACAAGGCAGAGAUUUCUUAGAUUACAGGGAAAGCUUAGAGACAAAUCCAAAUGUCGCGGCCCAUUCCCCUUUACACACGCUCAGGGAUCGUGACCCAAUGUCCACGUUGAUGGGGCCUUCCGAUUCACAGGGCUGCGUCCUUUUCGAUCAGGUAUUGAACUCAAAAGACCAAAGGGCAGAGGGGAGGGGAGGGGGAGCAACAUCAAACAAUAGUAAAGAUAAACGGUUCCUCUGCAUGUUCUGUAACAAAGGCUUCAGCUGCCUCCAGAAGGUGGAGAUCCACCAGAGGGUCCACACAGGGGUGAAACCCUUCAGCUGUACCCAGUGUCACAUGCGUUUCGCUGAGGCUGGCAAUCUGAAAAGGCACCAGAGGGUCCACACAGGGGAGAAACCCUUCAGCUGUACCCAGUGUCAUAUGCGCUUCUCCCACUCGUCCAGCAUGAAGAGGCACCGGAGGGUCCACACAGGGGAGAAAUAUUAAAGCUGCUCCGAGGGACAACCUUUCUUACACAUCAGAACUACCUGAAGAUGCACCUUCAGGUUCACAUGGGUGAAAGGCUGUUCACCUCUACGCAAUGUGGGAAGAGGUUCUCAGAGAGGAGCUACCUCAGGAUACACCAGCAGAUAAACCAUUCCACUAAAUAACUUCUGAUCAAACCCUGCAUUAAAGACAAAGAUACAUUUUCAGUAUUGUCAGCAGAAAAGAUCCACAGAUGCAUUUGGAAUGACGAGAGUGACAGAUUUCAGUGUUCAAUAUUCUUGGGUAGAAUAUUGCAUCCAGACAUUGUGAUAUAUAAGGCAUAUUUAAACCUAAAAAGUCUGUUACAUAGUGUAGGCUAUAUGAUGUAUAUUACUUCCAUUCAACUACUUCAUUUUUUCCCCAAGACAAUUGUAAUGAGAACAUGAUUGCUCUUUAUAAAGUUUAGGGCUGUUCCCGACUGAAUUUUUUUUUUUUUAAGUUAGUCGACCGAGUGCUCUGUUCUUUCGACAAUCGAUUGGUAGACAUUUUUUACAUGUAUUUUUUCAUACAUAGUGUUUUAAUAAAAUCAACUGUAUGCACUGAGAUUGUGUGAUGCUUUAAAGGAGAAUUGCACCUGCUGAUUUGGCCUUGUUUUUUGCCUUGCUCCUCAAGAAAUGCUGGUGGUCAUGACAGAAGCCAAAUGUGAGUUGGCUUGGGGGUGUGGUUUGAUGCGGGUGUUUGUUUGUCCUUGCCACCACCAAAACACACCCCUCUGUCAGAACCCUGCCCACAGCUGUUUUCCCCCCACUCAGUUUCAACAAACAAACCUCCUGCAAAUUGAGCUCAAUAACUACAGGCAGAUAUAGAGACGCUUUGAAUAGAUCAGCAGCCUGAAGAGUAACAUGAGAUGAAUGAAAUUGCAAAAUCUAUGUAUAUAUUCUGAACUAAGUGUUUUGAUAACUUUCAGAUGUAGUCACAGGUCCAUGUAGAAUAAACAACACUUCACAUAAUACCAGAAGCAGUGUUCUGCUGAUAUAGCAAUGUGAACCUUUCAUCUUUUGUCAUUCCCAGCCGAUACAAAUACUGUGCCUAUCUGCAUUUUGUCUGGUGGUAUUGGGGCUACCUUAGCAAACAUGGCUGAGUGGCCAUACAUUCCUGUGUGGUGUCCUGUUCACAACAGGAGUUCCCUGAUCCUGGUGCAGAAUAUACAGGGUUUCUCCCUCCACAUCUUGUUUGAUACUUUAUUUUUUAUUUAAUUAAAUGGUAAAAGUUGUCUAGUAAAAUGUUAAAGCCGAGUGCCAGGUCUUUCUCCAUUCAGAGACAUCAGUAUCAAGCCCGUCUGUCAGUCUGGACUUCAUCUUGCAAGUCUCCAUGUGCUGCCUCCAUACAUGUUUCUAUGAACACAUACAUACAUACAUA